AAAAGCUUCACUUCGAUUCUUCUUGACCUCGAGCUUUUAUUUCUCUCAUUUUCCCACACCGCACAAAACUAUUCAAGAUGUCAGACACCCCUUCCUCAGACACCCCUCCCAAACGACGUGCUGCCGAUACCACCGCCGUUCCUCCUCAAAAAUCUUCCAAAAUGUCCGCGACAGCUCCUCCCUUCAAUCCUACUCGCCCUUUAACGAAAAAACCUGCUGCUUCAUUCCACGAUAUCGCCCAGGAAUUCAAGCCCAAAGUCAAAACUGAGGAAGUAGAGGACGCUAUGGAGGUGGAUAAGGAAGCGGAGGGUUCUGCGAGGGUUACAAAGCCUCUGCCUGGUGGGAAGAGAAACGUACAGAGGGCGGACUUUGUACCCGUCCAGGCUUCUGUGCCUAAGUCUACUGAGGACAAGGAGAAUACCAGAAGAUUGAUUGUUGUGCUUUCACAAGCUUGCCUCGAAGCAUACAAGAUUUCGUCUGGCUCGGCAGGCAAGAGCUCUGCAAAAGAAGCAAAGUACGCUUUAUUGAACUGUGACGACCAUCAGGGAAUCUUGGCCAAGACAGGUAGAGAUAUUGCCGAUGCUCGACCUGACAUCACACAUCAAUGCCUUUUGACCCUUCUUGACUCUCCUCUCAACAAAGCCGGCCUCUUGCAGGUGUAUAUCCAUACGGCAAAGGGUGUAUUGAUCGAGGUGAACCCUAGUGUUAGGAUACCGCGAACCUUCAAGCGUUUUUCUGGGUUGAUGGUUCAAUUGCUUCACAAACUUUCCAUAAGGGGUGUUAACGGUAGCGAGAAGCUUUUGAGAGUUAUCAAGAACCCUAUCACUGAUCACCUUCCUACCAACUGCAUCAAACUUACCCUUUCCGCCGAUGCCCCAACUGUUCGAUUGUCCAAGUACCUUAAUACUCUUCCUGAGUCCCAUUCUGUCUGUGUCUUCGUUGGUGCCAUGGCUAGAGGAGCGGACAACUUUGCAGACCAAUUUGUUGACCAAAAGGUCUCAAUCAGCGAUUACAGUCUUUCGGCGUCUGUGGCAUGUGGGAAGUUCUGCUGUGCGAUGGAGGAGAUUUGGGACAUUGUCUAAAAACCGGAGAUGCAAAUAAGAGCCACAUCCCAAAUAGGGCCUCAACGCAAUUUUGGGUUGUAGAGUUUAGAGAAGCGGAGACAUUUUUCUGAAGAUAAUGACUGAUAUCGGCAUAACACUCAUCUGUAUGCGUCUUGUUUGUAAAUUUAUAUGCAUUGAAAUUUUGAU